GUGGACCAGCAUGUGGGGAAUAUCUUUAUGUUCAGCAAAGUGGCCAAUGUCAUCCUUUUCUUUCGUCUGGAUAUCCGGAUGGGGCUGCUGUAUCUCACGCUCUGCUUAGUGUUCCUGAUGACUUGCAAGCCACCUUUGUACUUGGGUCCAGAACACAUCAAAUAUUUCAGCGAUAAAACCAUAGAUGAGGAACUAGACCGGGACAAGCGAGUGACCUGGAUUGUGGAAUUCUUUGCUAACUGGUCCAAUGAAUGUCAGUCAUUUGCUCCUAUCUAUGCUGAUUUGUCUCUCAAAUAUAAUUGCACUGGAUUGAACUUUGGAAAAGUUGAUGUGGGUCGCUACCCUGACGUCAGCACCAAGUACAAAAUCAGCACCUCUCCUCUCACUAAGCAACUGCCUACACUGAUCCUUUUCCAAGGUGGUAAAGAAGUGAUGCGCCGGCCACAGAUUGAUAAAAAGGGACGAGCAGUUUCUUGGAACUUUUCUGAGGAGAAUGUGAUCCGGGAAUUCAACUUGAAUGAACUGUACCAGAAAGCCAAGAAAAUAUCCAAGCAUGCAGAUGAGAACUUUGAGGAAUUUUCAGAACAGUCAGCUAUCACAGAGCAUCCUAACGGAGAAAGCAAGAAAGACAAAUAAUGCCUGUAAGACUGGACAACAAUGCUCUUGCUGUUAAGCUCUCCAUUUCUCUGUUUCCAUCCUGACAUUUCUCCUGGGAUGUCAUCCAAAGACUGCUUCCAUCCAAAAGUGAUGGUGCUGGGAGAUGUGUAUAAUCACUAAGAUACUUAUCAUCCUGGGCUCUGCUGUUGGCCAUGGACCUCUACAUUUUCUUAUGUAUUUUUGUUCCAAAUUUUCUCUCCAAGAGUCACUACUGAUAUUUAAGUAAUAGAAGCAUCCAGAGAAAAUCUUGGUGACCUCCUCAAGGAGAGUAUCACCGUGGAAUGCAGGUUGCUUCUCUGGGAAUUAGUAGGAACUGCUAAGAAAAAACACUGUAAUAGGAGGAUACAUCUAUUUCUUGUUUUAUCGAUAUGAUUUCAAUGGUAAAAUUGGACAAACCCAAAUCUCACAUGAAAUCAACUCCAUUAAUUCCUGAGGGUUCGCUCUGAGAAAGAUAUUGGCAUUUCUGACCAGUUUCUGCUACCCUACCCUAUUGCCCUAUUAUUAUUGUGGUCAUUGUUAUUGUUAUUAAGGAAGGUCUUGUGGUAUCUUGUGGUCUUUUCUCUUUUUAGAACCUAAUGGGCAAUAGUAGAAUAUUUGCUGAAUUUGAAAUUGUGCCAGAAAACCAGUGGCUAAUAUACAGCUUUAAAAGAUCUAUCUUUUAUAGUAACAGCUGGUAGCUUAGUGUGACUGUUUGACUUGGAGCAGCUGCUGUUUCUAUCAUCCAUCUAAUACUGCACAAAACAGGAUUUAACUAAUGUGGCAGAUGUUUUGGGACUAUAUUGAAAGGAGUUCUUAGCCAGUGUGGCUAUCUGGGUAGAGCAAAGGUUGGGCAAGUAUUGUCCUAGUGUUUUUAGUUGCUGCACUCCGACAGAGGGCUUGCCUGUAAGUGAAAACACUGCAAAUCAGCACGGUUCAUCCAUGUUCAUGCUUCUGUUAAUGGUAUUGUACAGGUGCCUUUAAUAAAUCUGGGAGUGUUGUAUUCCUGUGACUUUUUAUUGAUUAAUUAUAUUGUUGGUGGGAUUCCUGCCUUCAUGGUUUGACUUUGGCUUAUAAAAAAAUACAGUCUUUUAAUGUUUAAAUC